UCCAAAAUACCAAAAUUCAAAAAUGUUGAUCGUUAACAAUUUAGUAGAACUUAAAGAAUAUUUCUCGCUUAAAUUGUUCCGACCCGUACUAAUAUGUUCAUCAAUCAUUUGUGACAAAUUAUGAACAGAACUUUUAGAAGGCAUCCUACGUCACCAAAUUCACCUCCAUUAACCUACUCUUUUGUUGCUCUUGUCGUUUGCCAUACGUUAAUCAGGGUUGUUGUUUGACUCGUUCAAACUAGUUACACUUUUCGCGUCCUGGUUGUACGGCCUGCUAAUCACAAACGCGUCCAAUGACCGAAAAACAGGAUUUACGGGAAACUUGUAAAGUUCUUUACUCUACUAGUGAAGAACAAAACAGGGUCACUGUGAAACAAGGCGCAGAAGCUGUUGUUUUUCGUACAAGUAUAUUUCCGGGGGAACCUUGUCUAUUAAAAUGUCGUCCAGCGAAGCACUGGCGGCAUCCUAUAUUAGAUCAGCGUCUUACGAGAAGGAGAUGUCUUGCUGAGGCUCGUUUGUUGGCAAAAUGUCAAACAUUGGGACUGAAGUGCCCUUUGCUAUAUUUUGUGGACCCUAAACGCGGUGAAAUUUAUAUGGAAUGGAUCGAAGGAUGCUCUGUGCGUGACUAUAUUCGUUCUAUUGAGUCUUCAGAAGAAUAUGAAGUCCUUCUCCGACGUUUAAUGAAUAACAUCGGUAAAGAAGUUGCUAAUCUUCACAAAAACGAUAUCAUACAUGGUGAUUUGACGACAAGCAACAUGAUGUUACGUAACAAAAAUCAGGAUGAUAUUGUUUUUAUUGACUUUGGUUUGGGAACGGUCAUUGAAUCAGAAGAAGACAAGGCUGUUGAUUUAUAUGUUCUUGAACGGGCUCUUGCAAGUACACAUCCCAACAGUGAACAAUUGUUCUCGCUGACAUUGGAAUCGUAUUCGAAAAGCUGGAAAGCUAGUAAAUCAGUUCUUCGAAGAUUUGAAGAUGUUCGCAUGCGUGGAAGAAAAAGAAGUAUGGUCGGUUAAGCCGUCCCUUCUGAUAAUCUAAUAGCUUUCCUUUCAUCUUUGAGAAAAUUUUUGGUCUGCUUUUCGUUGAUUUCUUGUUCGCAAUCAAGUUCAGACUUCCUUCCCGGCGUUUAGGAACAUUUGCAGUCUUUUUAAGACGAAAUCCUCCGUUCAUAUUUAAUAGAAACUAUUUCUCCCUUACUCAUUUUAUUAUAAUACGAUACUGUACUGUUUUUUUAGUCGGGAGCUUUUUGUCUUAAAGUCCCACCC